GUCUUGUGUGACGUAUAAUGGACUGGACGGUACGCUUCUUCAGGAACAACAACACGGCUACUCUUUCAACCACCUCGGUAGCUUGCUAGCCAACAUUAAACUGAAAGAUUGACGCUUUAGACCAUGUUAAUGUACAUUAGCUAAUCCCAGUGUUUUAAACACAUUUCAGUUGACGUAUCAACUGGUUGACUAAUUUGCUUGUUCAAUUGCAAACUUGUUAAAUAUUGAUACUGAGGUUAGCACUAGGCUAGUCGCUAAUGCUAACUAGCUAGCUAACAUCCCUGAUCAUGAGUUCACACAACUACUUAUCCCCUGCUAAAGAAGAGGAGGUCUGCUGUAUGGAGAAAGAAGCUCUGGGGCUGAACAUUGUCGUGGAAAAUGAAGAGGAUGUUAUAGAGGAAACAGAGGAAGAACCUUUUAGAGAGGAAGAUGAUGCUAUCUCAAUAAAGGUGAAGGAGGAAGACGUCUUGGGAGUGAAAGAGGGGGAGACAGAAUAUCAGAUUAACACCAGAGAGAGACAUGACUAUUGUGGAUCCUCUGGGGAGCCUCAACAACAUCCUGAUGAGUCAGAGAAGAGUCUCUCCAGAUCAGAACACCAGAUGGACAACGCUAGCCCUUCCUCCCUCCCGGAGUCCCCGUGUCAUGCCUCUCACGGUAGCACCUUACUGCUGGGUAUGAAGAGGUUGUCUGUGCUGCUGGUGGACUGCAGGAAAACAACGGGUCUGAGUGGAACUGUGAGAGGAGGAGAAGAGAAGAAAGGAUCAGAUUUGACACAUCAAAGUGGAGAAGGAAGCAGCAGCAGCACUAGAGCUUCAGGUGCACCUGCAGAACUGGAGAUGGUGGUCAGUUCAGAGUCAGACUCGGAGCAGGAACCUUCAGGUGCUCCUGCAGAACUGGAGAUGGUGGUCAGUUCAGAGUCAGACUCAGAGCAGGAACCAUCAGGUGCUCCUGCAGAACUGGAGAUGGUGGUCAGUUCAGAGUCAGACUCAGAGCAGGAACCAUCAGGUGCUCCUGCAGAACUGGAGAUGGUGGUCAGUUCAGAGUCAGACUCAGAGCAGGAACCUUCAGGUGCUCCUGCAGAACUGGAGAUGGUGGUCAGUUCAGAGUCAGACUCAGAGCAGGAACUUUCAGGUACAACUUAAGAGCACAAACCUAAACAUGGAGGCUACGAUUUUAGAUUAAUAUGUGCUUUAUUUAUGAGAUUAUCAGUAGGACUGUAAUCGGAGGGCAUACAAUCGAUGGCGUGCACAAGUAGUACACGUUUAGGUUAUUUACAAUGUUAAUCUCAUUCUGCAGAGCAACCAUAUGUGCAGAGAGAGAGAGAGAAAGAAGUUCAGUGCCCAGUACAGGGAUAAUAGAAAGGGACAGCGAAAGCACUGAAAAUCCAUUUUAUUAUUUUGCCCAAAACAGCAAAUAAAGUAAUUGAAGUCAUCAGAAUGUCGAUUCCGCAGACAAUUGCUGUUGAAGUGAGAAAGGCAGGGAUGUUCUCAGUACAAAUGGACACAGCAUUUAACAUCCAAAGACCAGUGUGCAGUAGUUCUGCCAUAUGUCACUGAUGUUGUCCACCAGAGACUCAUUGCGUUCAUUGACUGAGUCAUCGACUGGACAGUACUUUGUGGACCUUGUGAAACAGACCCUUGAGAAGAUGGACAUACAGUUGAAGUCGGAAGCUUACAUACACUUAGGUCCACAACAAAACCUAAUAUCUAACAAAUUCCACAACAAAACCUAAUACACACAAUCUAGUAAAGGAAUGAGAAUAUAUAAUUAUAAAACAUAUGGAUGAGCAGUAACAGAGCGGCUAAGGUGCAAUAGAUGGUAAAGAAUAGAUAGUGAAGGAUACAGUAUACAAUAUAUACAGUUGAAGUCGAAGUUUACAUACACUUAGGUUGGAGUCAUUAAAACUCAUUUUUCAAUCACUCCACAAAUUUCCUGUUAACAAACUAUAGUUUUGGCAAGUCGGUUAGGACAUCUUCUGUGUGCAUGACACAAGUAGUUUUUCCAACAAUUGUUUACAGACAGAUUAUUUCACUUAUAAUUCACUGUAUCACAAUUCCAGUGGGUCAGAAGUUUACAUACACUAAGUUGACUGUGCCUUUAAACAGUUUGGAAAAUACCAGAAAAUGAUGUCAUGGCUUUAGAAGCUUCUGAUAGCCUAAUUGACAUCAUUUGAGUCAAUUGGAGGUGUACCUGUGGAUGUAUUUCAAGGCCUACUUUCAAACUCAGUGCCUCUUUGCUUGACAUCAUGGGAAAAUCAAAAGAAACCAGCCAAGACCUCAGAAAAAAAAUUGUAGACCUCCACAAGUCUGGUUCAUACUUGGGAGCAAUUUCCUAACGCCUGAAGGUACCACGUUCAUCUGUACAAACAAUAGUACGCAAGUAUAAACACCAUGAGACCACGCAGCUGCCAUACCGCUCAGGAAGGAGACGCGUUCUGUCUCCUAGAGAUGAGCGUACUUUGGUGCGAAAAGUGCAAAUCAAUCCCAGAACAGCAACAAAGGACCUUGUGAAGGUGCUGGAGGAAACGGGUACAAAAGUAUCUAUAUCCACAGUUAAACAAGUCCUAUAUCGACAUAACCUGAAAGGCUGCUCAGCAAGGAAGAGGCCACUGUUCCAAAACCGCCAUAAAAAAGACAGACUACAGUUUGCAACUGCACAUGGGGACAAAGAUUGUACUUUUAGGAGAAAUGUCCUCUGGUCUAAUGAAACAAAAAUGUAACUGUUUGGCGAUAAUGACCAUCGUUAUGUUUGGAGGAAAAAAGGGGAGGCUUGCAAGCCAAAGAACACCAUCCCAAUCGUGAAGCAUGUGGGUGGCAGCAACAUGUUGUGGGGUUGCUUUGCUGCAGGAGGGACUGGUACACUUAAUAGAUGGCAUCAUGAGGUAGGAAAAUAAUGUGGAUAUAUUGAAGACAUAUCUCAAGACAUCAGUCAAGAAGUUAAAGCUUGGUCACAAAUGGGUUUUCCAAAUUGACAAUGACCCCAAGCAUACUUCCAAAGUUGUGGCAAAAUGGCUUAAGGACAACAAAGUCAAAGUAUUGGAGUGGCCAUCACAAAGCACUGACCUCAAUCCUCUAGAAAAUUUGUGGGCAGAACUGAAAAAGCGUGUGUGAGCAAGGAGGCCUACAAAACCUGACUCAGUUACACCAGCUCUGUCAGGAGGAAUGGGCCAAAAUUCACCCAACUUAUUGUGGGAAGCUUGUGGAAGGCUACCUGAAAUGUUUGACCCAAGUUAAACAAUUUGAAGGCAAUGCUACCAAAUAAUAAUUGAGUGUAAGUAAACUUCUGACUCACUGGGAAUGUGAUGAAAGAAAUAAAAGCUGAGAUCAUUCUCUCUUCUGACAUUUCACUUUCGUAAAAUAAAGUGGUGAUCCUAACUGACCUAAGACAGGGAAUUUUUACUAGGAUUAAAUGUCAGGAAUUGUGAAAAACUGAGUUUAUAUGUAUUUGGCUAAGGUGUAUGUAAACUUCUGACUUCAGCUGUAUAUACAGAACUAAAAUAUAAACACAACAUGCAAAUAUUUCAACCAUUUACUGUUCAUAUAAGGAAAUCACUCAAUGUAAAUAAAUUCAUUAGGCCCUAAUCUAUGGACUUCACAUGACUGGGCAGGGGCACAGCCAUAGGUGGGCCUGGGAGGGCCUAAGCCCACCAACUGGGGAGCCAGGCCCAGCCAAUGAGAAUUUGUUUUUCCCCACAAAGGGGCUUUGUUACAGAGCUAAAUACUCCUCAGGUUCAUCAUCUGUCUGGGUGGCUGGUCUCAGACGAUGUGGAAGUCCUGGGCUGGCGUUGUUAUACAUGGUCUGCGGUUGUGAGACCGGUCGGAUGUACUGCCAAAUUCUCUAAAACAACGUUGGAGGCGGCAUAUGGUAGAGAAUUCAACAGCUCCAGUGGAUUUUCCUGUAGUCAGCAUGCCAAUUGCACUCUCCCUCAAAACUUGAGACAUCUGUGGCAUUGUGUUGUGUGACAGAACUGCACAUUUUAGAGUGGCCUUUUAUUCUCCCCAGCACAAGGUGCACCUGUGUAAUGAUCAUGCUGUUUAAUCAGCUUGAUAUGCCACACCUGGAGGAUGAAUUAUCUUGUAAAAGGAGAAAUGUUCACUAACAGGGAUGUAAACAAAUUUGUGCACCAAAUUUGAGAGAAUGAAGCUUUUGUGCGUAAGUGAAGAAUUCUGUGAUCUUAUAUUUCAGCUCAUGAAACACGGGUCCAACACUUUACAUGUUGUAUUUAUAGUUUUUGUAACAUCUUCCCAAAUCGACAAUGGGGAGAUCUUACUGUGCUUUGUGUCUGUCUCUAAGUUUUGGACUUCCACACAAAAUUACUUCUUUACCUAUUUUAGGUUUAAGGAAGUGUGUAGGUCGCGUUCUGUAUCAUACAGCUAGUUUUAUCAUGUAGAGGUUUCAUUCAGGUCUCUCUUUAAAUAAACACUGUCU